CGUAAAAAUCAACACAUUCUACCCCGCUGUCCUUUAUAUAUUCUUCGACCGUCUACUUACUGUCCAUUAUACCAGCAUUUGUAGCCAAAAGUUAAGGAGUUGCUCAUUUGUGCAACGAAGAUGGGUUUGUUAGAUCACCUUUCUGACCUCUUCGAAUUCCAUCGAGGCCACAGCAAAAAGAAGCUCAGCAAACUAAGGAAAAGGCAACUUGAGAUGGUGGAAAUAAGAGUGAAAAUGGACUGCGAAGGUUGCGAAAGGAGGGUGAGGAAGUCGGUAGACGGAAUGAAAGGAGUGACCAACGUAGAAGUGGAGCCAAAGAAGCACAGGUUGGUAGUUACAGGUUAUGUGGAUCCAGAUAAAGUGUUGCGUCGCGUAAGGCAUCGCACAGGUAAGAAGGCUGAGUUUUGGCCGUACGUGCCUUACGAUUUGGUGGAUCAUCCCUACGUGCGUGGUGUGUACGAUAAGAAGGCUCCGGCAGGAUUUGUUCGGAACGUCGAUGGCAACCCGCAGGCGUCAAGCCUUGCGAGGGCAAGCUCCACAGAAGUCAAUUAUAUCACUGCCUUCAGUGAUGAAAAUCCUCAGGCUUGCACUGUUAUGUGAUAUAGAAAUUAAAGAUGUCGAUAGAGUAUUUUAGGAUCAUAGUUUUCAUCAAUGUUGAUGCUCGAGUUGCUUGGUUCAUUCGAGCUCUAACUAGAAGUACUAGGCGGAACAACUGAUGCGUGCAAUCAAUUAACUAGUCGAUGUAAGGUUGUUAAUUAAGUUAGAACUUAUUUUGUAUUGAGUAUGGUGAUAUAUAGUUGUAUCAUACUUCAUCAGUCUGAUUUUAUGUG